AUGGGCAUCCAUGCUGUUAGCGUCAUGCUAGAGGCUCUCAAUAGAGAUGCCCAACAUGCUACUAUCGCCAAGUUCAUUCAAAAUGAACUUGACGCAGAACGCGAGAAAUUUGAACUGUUGAGACAGCAGCAGGCUGCUGCUGGUGGGUCGAUGCACUCGCGUCGACCCGAAACCUUGAAGAUUGACAUCUCAAAGUAUAGGGGGGUCGAAGAAGACUCCCUCUUGAGAUGGUUCGUCGAAUUGGAUGACGCCAUAAGGGCGCGUCGCAUCGACGACGGGGAUAUGCAAGUUGCAUUUGCCCAAUCAAAUCUGGCAGGACGUGCCAAGACUUGGGCACUGGGGCUCAAGCUGCACGACCCAUAUGCGUUUGGGUCGUUGGAAGUCUUCAAGUCGCGGCUCAGACAAACGUUUGAACCGCCUAGAGCUGAGUUCAGAGCUCGAACCGAACUCUUGAAGCUCAAGCAGGGUAAGCGUGAUGUGCACGCUUACGCUCAACAUAUACGACAUCUCACGAGUUGUAUAAGUUCCAAUCCGGUGGAUGAACACACGUUGGUUUCGGUGUUCAUGCAGGGUCUUGCGGAUGGUCCCGUCAAGACUCACCUGUUCCGGCUUGAACUAGAUUCACUAGAACAAGCCAUUUCAAUUGCGGAGCAGGAAGACUUCAGUCUGAGACAGGCUCGCGCCAGCUCGACAUCAUAUCGUCAACCGAGACGAUAUGACAACGGAGGUCCAGAGCCGAUGGAACUCUGUUAUGUAGAGAGCGAGAAGGCUCGCUCUACAGGCUACAAGAAGUUGCAGAGAUGCAACAGAUGUCAAAAGACAGGACACUACGCUUACGAGUGUAGUGCCCCUCGUCCAGUGUCUCGCGACACUGGGCGUAGUGACCGUCCACCCAUGAGAAAGGGGCAGGGACGCGGAUCCACUGUUGGUCCAAAGACGCAACAACGGGAUGGACCGUCAAAAAACGGACAGGAUCAGUAG